GUCUGGGGAGAUGGCUAAGUGGGUAAAGGGCUGCUGCACAAAUGUGAGGAGCAGAACUUAACUUUAGAGUCCCAGAAACCUCGUAAAUAUACAGUGAGUGGCUGUAACUCCAGCCAUGGGAAACAGAGACGGGGCAAGCGGUCCAGUGAGAAUAGUCGUACUGGCAAGCUCUGGUUGACUGAAAGACCCUGCCUCAGUGAAUGAGGCAGAAGGGUGAUCAAGGUUAAUUCCUAACACCAACCUCAGGCCUCCAACUACAAGCACCCACAUGCAUACACACUCAUACAUGUGUUCAGACACAUCAAACAUGCAUAUAUACUUGCACACCAUACACACAUGCACAUACACAUGGCCUAUAAUGCAACAACCCCUUGGAGUUGUAAUUUAUCCAGACUGGGACAGGCCGAGCCAGCAACCUGAGAGUCCCAACCAUCAUUAUUUCAUGUCGGAAGACCAAGGACAGCAGUUCGAGAGGCAGAGACAGUUGAAUCUCUGAGUUCGAGGACGGCCUAGUCUACAGAGCUAGUUCCAGGACAGCCAGGGCUACACAGAGAAACCUUGUCUCAAAAAAGGCAAAAAGAAAAAUAAGAAGAAAAAAGAAAAGGGUGACACCAAUGUCAUCACUCUUGUCCCUAAAGAGCAGCACACCCGUGACAACCCUUAACCAGAAGCUAGGUUCUGGUCAGCCUUGCAGUCUAUCCUCAUGCAUAUGAACAUGAUAAGCAUUGGGGGAAAGGCAUGGAUGUGGAAAACAUAGGUGUGACCUUCCUGACAACCGGGCGUAUGCGUUCUGUGGACUGGUGGACUUGAUGUACCAGGGCCUGGCUCCCCCUGUGCUCCAAGCUGUUCUGAAGUGGACAAGAGUUGAUGUAAACCGCAGACAGAAAGCAUCCCUGGGAUUGCUGGCCUCAGGAAGGACACUGAGUUGGUGACUAGGGACCGUGAGGCUUCAUAAGCCCAUAUGAGAGAUGCCCAUCUUCAUCUGUAGGAAAGACCAGAAGCUACAUUUGGUUAAGAGAAUCCAGUUGAACGGCUAGUUUUCGGGUGAUGUGCAAGUUCCCAACAGCUGUCACUGCCACCUGUGGACUUCCGACUGCUUCAUGGCUGUGUGGCCCUUGCACAUCACUAGACACUGCUGGCCAGUGUGAGGGUUUUGUGCCAUUCAGACCACGGGCACUGACCAUCUCCAGUGCUGCUGAACCGUUAUAACUCCAACAACAUGGCCCAGAGCGUACUCUGCCUCAGCCUGGGCUCCCUUCCUUGGCAGCACAGAGCUUUGGCAGACCAUUCAUAAGAAGUCUCCCACAAGGUGGACCCACCACUUAGCCUGUCCUUUACUUUUUCAGAUGAGGUCGGAUAUGUAGCCCAAGCUGGUCUUGGACUUGCAGAGAUCUUAUUCCUGUCUCUCAGGUUCUGUGUUUACAGGCAUCAGGUCACCACACCUGGCCACCUGGCCCUUCUUGAGGGGUGCAUUGAGGUGGCAGUUAUUUUUCUGCAUCUUUGCUGUGCCCCAGGAAGCUAAUUGCUAGGAGCAUCUGUGUGCCUUCCUGGGCAAGGCUCUUCGGGGAGCACAGACCUCACCUCUACUCCCCAUCCUUGCAGGCCUCAGAUUCCAGCGCCUGCUGAGAACUAUUCUGUCAUCAGCUGCUGCCAAAUACCAGCUGGAAGGAGAAACAUUUGGGGAAGGUGAUUAGUCCCUCUGGUAAUCAGGCCAGCCUGUCAGGAACAUGGAAGAAAACAGUCGAGGCAUCCCUCUCUCCACUUCUUGCUGGUGUUUGUUUUUGUUUUGAGACAGUCUCUCUGUGUAGCCCUAGCUGAAACUCUCUACACAGACCAGGCUGGCCUUGAUCUCACAGAGACUCACAUGCCUGUCUCCUGAGUGCUGGGAUUAAAAGCGUGUACCACCAUGCCAGGCCACAGUAGGUUCCUUUUUGGUUUUGUUUGCGUGGUUGGUUGGUUUUUCAAGACAGGGUCUCUUUUUGUAGCUCUGGCUGGCAUCAAACUCACAGAGACCCUCCUGUCUCUGCCUCCCAGUCUAAUGCCUCCAAUCUGCUGGGAUUAGAAGCAUAGGCCAUCACGCUCAGCUCUCAGGGUCCUUCUUAAGUCCUUUCUAAACACAGCCUCAACCGGCUCUGUCACCCUUCUCUGACCUCAGGCUGUAAUGGCCCUUGCAGGGCGGUCCCCAUUGUCCUACUGCCUCCCCCUGGCCUGACUAUCUUCCCGAUGAGGCCCUGUGCACAUCAGGAUGCCUGGCUGGCAGAGGACUCCCUCCUGCCUACCACUGUUCUUGCAGGUCACUGCUCCCCAGCCACCUGUCUUCUUCCUCCUGCUAUUUACUCAGGGAUUUGAUUCUAGCGUAAUUUCUAUGGUUCCAUUGGUCAGGACUGCCAGAGGAUUUCCCCCCCUGCAGUCCUGAGUACUGAACCCUCGUGACACUGGGCAAGCACUGUACCACUGAGCUGUGUCUGUGGCUCUAACACACCACACACACACACAUACACACACACACACACAGAGGCACACACACACAUGCACACACACACAUUUAUAGCAGCUUUAUUUAUAGUUGCCUGAACUUGGAAACAACGCAAAUGUCCUUCACUGGGUGAGUGGAUAAACACACUAGUCCAUUCAGACAGUGGAACAUUUGCUAAGCCCUAGAAAGAAUUGAGCUACUGAGCCAUGAAAAGACUCAAAGGAGAUGUAAAUGAUUAUUGCCAAAUGAAAGAAGCCAGUGUGGGAAUGGCAAGGUGGCUCGGUGGGUAAAGGCCCUUGCUGUCAAGCCUGCCUUGAGUUUGAUUCCUGGAACCCACAAGGAGGAAGGAGAAAGCCAGCUCCUAAAAGCUGCCCUCUCACUUCCAUGUUACCCACCCACCUACCCAACCACACAAACAAGCUAAUGUAGUCUUUAAAAUUUAGAAGCCUCGGGGCGGCAGUGGCACAUGCCUUUAAUCCCUGCACUAGGGAGGCAGAGCCAGGUGGAUCUCUCUGAGUUCCAGGCCAGCCUGGUCUACAGAGCAAGAUCCAGGACAGGCACCAAAACUACACGGAGAAAUCCUGUCUCGAAAUCAAAAAAACAAAACAAAAUAGACAAACAAACAAAAAUUUAGAAGCCGUUGUGAAAAGGAUACAACCUAUACUUCCAGCCCUGACGCUCUGGAACAGGCACCACCACCAGCAUCAGUGAAAAGAUCAGGAGUCUGAGGGCAGGGGGAAGAAGGCUCCACAAGGAACUUUCAGGGCUAUGACUCUUUUUGAUAUGUGGUGUUGGAUCCACGCAGUUUACAUUGUCCAAGAAUGUACAACCCCCAAAGUGGCCCCUGGUGAGAACUGCAGGCCUUGAUGAUACUGCUCUGUUGACCAUGGUUCACACUGAGUGGUGGGUGGUGGCAGAGGCAGAUUGAUCUCUGUGAGUUUGAGGCCAGCCUGGACUACAGAGCUAAGCCUGGACUAUAGAACAAGUGCCAGCCAGGACGCCCAGGCAGGGCUACACAAAGAAACUGUGACAAAUGAACCGCUUUAGUGCCAGAGUGUUUUGUUUACUUUCUUUGUUGGUUUGUUUUUUUGGGACAGGGUUUCUCUGUGUAACAACCCUGGCUGUCCUAGAACUCGCUUUGUAGACCAGGUUGGCCUCAAACUCACAGAGAUCCGCCUGCCUCUGUCUCCCAAGUGCUGGGAUUAAAGGCGUGUGCCACCACGGCCCGGCACUUUUGUUUACUUUUAAGGGUCUCGUCAUGUAGCCCUUUGGGCUUGAAGCUUGCUUGCACUCUUCCCACCUCUGACUCCCCAAAGCUAAGGUAUAAGUGUGUUACUAGUGCGCCCCCCCUUUUUGUUGCUGUUUCUUUCCAGACAGUGUUCCUCUGUGUAGCUCUGACUCACUUUGUCCAUCAGACUGACCUCAAACUUAGAGAUCUGUCUGUACCUGUUUCCUAAGUGUUGAGAUCUGGCUGCUUCCUUCCACCCUUUUUAAUAGCUGGGCAGUGUCAGCGCACGCCUUUAAUCUCAGAACUCAGGAGGCAGAGGCAGGCAAAUCUCUGAGUUCGAGGCCAGCCUGAUCUACAGAGUGAAUUCCAGGAUAGUCAGGGCUACACAGAGAAACCCUGUCUGGAGAAAAAAAAGUGUGUUGUUUGUUUCUGUGUGUACUUGUGUGCCUGUGGGGAGUAUGACCGCAGUGCUUGUAGAGGCUAGAAGGCAUCAGCUCCCCUGGAGCUGGAGUUACAGGCAGUUGAGAGCCACCCUGUGUGGGUGUGGGAGCUGAACUGAGGUCCUCUGCAAGAGCAGUAUGCUCUCUUAACCACAGUUCCAAUACCUCCCUCCUACUCCCCACUUCUUAACAAAAGGGGAUUCUGGGUGGAAGGAGUAUGUGAGGGGCAUUGGGGAACUGAAUGCCAUGCUUUCGGUUCAGUUUUUCUGUAAACUGAAAACGUCUCUAAAAAACAAAAAAAGUCUACUAACCGUUUUUAAAGUCUCGUGUGGAGGGCUGGGGGUGGAGAGCUCAUUUAACCGAGUGCCAGCCUGGCAUGUGUGAAGCCCUAAGUUCCAUUCUUAGCACCGCAUAAAACCAGGCAUGGUGCUGCACACCCACAAUACCGGAACUCCAGGAACACUGUCAGGAAGAGCUGAAGUUCAAGGCUAUCCUAAACAAUGUAACAAAUUCUCGAGGCCAGCCUGGGCUGCAUAAGACCUUGUCUCAAAGAUUCAAAGCAAAGAACUCCAAAGCUCAAAACCUAAUCCCUCCCCUCAAAAUACAAGCAGAGCUGGUGGACUUGGUGGUCCCUGAUUUCAAUCUCUGCUUUUGAGAGGCUAAGGCAAGAAGAUUGCUGAGGAUUCCAGGCCAACAUGGGCUAUAUAGUGAGUUCAAAGGCAGCCUGAGCUAUAUACAAGGUCUCCAAAAACCAAACCAAACCAAAACAUUCCCAAUAACAACAACAACACAAAAAAAAAAAAAAACCCACAUGAUUUUUACUCAAGAGCUAGUUCAUAACAGUUUGCUAGGUUUGUAAUUUGAUUUGUUUGUUGGUUUGUUUUUUGAGACAGGGUUUCUCUGUGUAGCCUUGGCUGUCCUGGAACUCGCUCUGUAGACCAGGCUGGCCUCGAACUCACAGAGAUCCACUUUCCUCUGUCUCCUGUAAUUUGAUUUUAAGGAUUGUCUUUUCAUCUUGGGUUUCAGCGCUGGGUUGAACCAUGCUAGACAAGUGUUCUAGCACUAAGGUCCCCCACUCCAGGGAUGAGGUUUUUGCAAGCCUAUUUUCAUCAAUCCCCACCCAGAACUCCUCCUCCCCAUUCUCCUACAACCUCUAAGGCCUGCUUUUUGCUUGUUCUAACCCAUCUCUACCUCCUGCUUCCAACAUGAAUAGGCUGUUUUCUCCCAUCCAAAAAUGCAACCUCAGGGCCUAAGAGGAUUCCCAUCUUUGCUUUGGGUGCUGGGCUGCCCUUUCAGGCAGUACGCUGCAUCCGUUUGUUUCCCCAUGCCCUGGCUUCUCCAGGAUCUAGGACUCUGGUCUCUUUUCCCUGUCAGUUGUCCACUGGGCCCUCCUAGGCUUCUCAAGACACCCACAGGCCCUUCCCAAGAAGAGUGCUCCAAGGUCUUGGUCUAGGCUGGGCGCCAGUACGAACUGAGGCUCGAGAGGCCUCGCAGUGCUAUUCCCUCCGCCUGUUCUGAACCGCCAAACCCUGUUCACUGCCCCUGGUCCCAGAUGGAGGUGUCCAGUUCGCUACCUAGUAGCUACUCCCCCCGCCCAGCCAGCUGAGGGGCGCCAACGCGGCGGUGGGGACAGGAGGUGGCCGGACGACAGCUGGGGGGGCGGCCCUGACCUUCCCGCAAUCAAUGGGGCGCGGCCGGCCGCGCGGAGCCAGGGCGGUGCUGGAGCCCCCCGGGGCAGCUAUAAAGCAGGGGCGCGGGGCUCAGGCUGCAGCUGCAGCGCUCAGCACACACGGAACCCGACCAUGCCCACCCCACCGCUACUGCUGCUGCUGCUGCUGCUGCUCGCUGGCUCGGCCGCACUCCCUGCGCCCCCCAGGAUCCCAAGACACUCAGACGGGACGUUCACCAGCGAGCUCAGUCGCCUGCAGGACAGCGCCAGGCUGCAGCGCCUGCUGCAGGGUCUUGUGGGGAAGCGCAGUGAGCAGGACACAGAAAAUAUCCCAGAGAACAGCCUGGCACGGUCCAAGCCCUCAGAGGACCAGCUCUGCUUGCUGUGGUCGAACACUCAGGCCCUACAGAAUUGCCCUACCUCCCUCCACAGGCUGCUCCCCAGGCUUCCCCUGGAUGGGUCCUGGUCUCCCUGGCUGCCUCCUGGACCAAAGCCUGCUGUUGAAGUCUCGGAGUGGACUGAAGCAACCAGGCAGCCCUGAUGAGGGAGGAAGGGGAGUCUCCAGGAGCUGGCUGGAGCUAGGGUUUGGUUGUCCUUGGUAUCAAUAAAGAAGGAAUUUAGACCCUG